GGUUCACAUGACCAUUCGAAAGUCUGAGAAACCGAAGUCCCCUAGGAAAGAGGAUCUGACUGUUCAACCUUGGGUGAAACAUCCUUUACAGAACAGGUGGACCCUCUGGUUUUACAAAAAUGAUAAAAACAAACCCUGGCAGGCAAAUCUUCACCUUGUUACUAAAUUUGACACCGUGGAGGAUUUUUGGGCACUAUACAAUCAUAUUCAACUUGCCAGUAGGCUGAUGUCAGGCUGUGACUACUCUCUCUUUAAGGAUGGUAUUGAACCCAUGUGGGAGGACAGCAGAAAUAAGAAUGGUGGACGAUGGUUGAUUACUUUGUCGAAGCAGCAAAGGAUGUUGGAACUAGAUCGGUUCUGGCUUGAAACAUUGUUGUGCCUUAUUGGAGAAGCUUUUGAUGAACAUAGCAGUGAUGUUUGUGGUGCUGUAAUUAAUAUUCGAGCAAAAGGAGAUAAAAUAGCAAUCUGGACCCGUGACACUGAAAACCAAGAUGCUGUUUUGUAUAUAGGAAAAACCUACAAGGAAAGACUUGGGCUGCCUGUUAAGGUUGUGAUUGGCUAUCAAGCACAUGCAGAUACAGCUACAAAGAGUGGAGUAGGAGUUAACAACAAAUUCAUUGUUUGAAGACUGUUUUGAAUUGUCAACUUAUGACGCUGUAAAAUUGGAUUUGGGGAAUACUUAAAUCGGGUUUGAGCAAAUUCCCCAAAUUAAACUCUUAAAUCCAAGGCAAUCUCUUGCUCAAACAACAGCAAUUGGUUUAUUCAAGGGUAUGAUUGUUAUCAUUUUGAACAAAAUAUGAAAAAUGUAUGCAAGUUUUCCUUUUAAUUGCAGGAUUUUUUUAUUUUUGUUCUUGAGUAUGAUUGAUGUUAGACCAAUCGAAAGAAGCAUUGUACUCUUGGUGAAGAUCCAUCACCUGCAAUCGUUUUGAUCAAGGUGUAGUUGUAUUAGAUCUGUAGUUUUGUCAUUCCUUUAAUACACUGAGGGGAAUUACUUGUUUAUUUUGCAUGUUUUGCUUAUUGUUAAGAAUGAACAAUUAUAGGUGAAUUUCAAUCAUUUAAUGUAGUAUUUAAAUUUGACUUUUUCAAAGAUGUGAAAUGAACAUUGAAAUAAAG